AUGGUUGAGAUAGUCGUUCCCGAAAUGGAAAAACCUGUUUUGGAGAUCCAGACAGCAGUCAAUGAGAGGCAGGAUGACGAGGAAUUUCAAAGAUUCGGAUUGAAGAUAAUACAAGACGGAGAACAGGUUACGUCCCCCGAUGACGCUUCCAGCAGCGGAACUCCUCUCGUUCCUUAUGAUGUCGUUCUUAUUCACGGAAUCUACGGGACCGGUGAAGACUCGUGGACAAAGGGAUCUGACACGAUAUGGAUCAACAACGCCCUUGUUGCCGCAUCAGAGAGCAAAGGACGAAUAAUGUCCUACAGCUAUCAAACUGAUAUUGAAACUGGUAGAUAUUAUACGCCAUACGGUGUUUAUCAAGAGGCAGAAGCACUGUUGGAAGCUCUUCGAAAGCUUCGGACAUCCGAGAUCACGGGGAUUAGACGACCGAUACAUUUCUUUUCUCACGAUGUUGGAGGGACUAUAGUGAAAGCGGCACUGGCGAUGGCUACUGAUCAUGAAGACAAGUACGCUGACAUCUUACAUUGUACUCGCGCUAUGUAUUUCUUCGGCUAUCCGCACAGAUAUCCCUCCAUUGGUCUCUUGGAAGAGGCUGUGUUGCGAUUGGUGGCCCAGAAACGACACCUCUGGUCUGGUAAUAUGGUUUGGUACGCCAAAAGCCUCACAAAGACGAUUACAAAAGUGAACGACGCGUUCCUUGGGACUCAGAUGCUUACUCAGGCCAACUUCAUCAAUGUCGUCUCUAACCUCCACUUAGACCCGGCAGAACAGGUCUUUCCUCUCUGCAUGUCCACUAUGGCUACUCCUUUUGAGCGAGUGGUAAAGAUGGAGAAGCCAAACAGCGAUUUGAUCUUGGCGGGAGAAGAUGGAGUCCAUCCUGUGAACGAUAUUCCGGACGCAGACUGGCUCAUGGGAAGCCUAACGGACGAACAGCAUGUCGCUUUUCGCAAAAUGAUCAAUCAGGCGUCGCCAGUACUGCCAUACCACAAACUCGAUGAAGGCUGGCAAAACUCAGAUCUCCUAGAAUUACCAAAGCGAAAGGAAACGCUCAUAACGCAUAUGAGAUGUUCUUCCGGUGCCAAAGCAGCAACUGAAAACGCCAGUUUCUUUCUGGACAACAACAGAAGCGGCACAUUCCAUCCGUUAUUAUACAUGAAGUUUGAUGCCCAUGACAUCCGGUUCAACAAUUGCGAUGCCAUGCUGCGGACCUUCCUUGGUCGUAUUGUAUGCAAUAGACUGCAGACUGGAAGUUUUGUACAAAGGCCAAUGGACACUCUUAUCAGGGCCGAAGCUUUGCACCGAUCGGCUCUGUUUGAUGAAUUGGAGAGUCUACAGGGCGUGAAAGAUUUCCAGCAGGGUAUUCACGUCCUCGGAUGUUUUGAUGAGUGCGAUGAGUCUGCGAUAUGGUUCCUUUCUGAGAUCCACAAGCUUCUUCUUAGGAGUGAACAUUGUCUCAAGUUGUUGAUAACAACCACAAAGGGAACUCCUGGGGACCAACGCAUUACCACGGCUUUAUCUGAAUUCCCUGCAGAGCAUAUCAGAAAGAUCGAUCAUGACCCCAAAGAGCCCGUACCGUUUUCCGUUGAAACGGAGGCAUCGAAACUCAUGAAGAAGUUCGGGGAAUACGUUGGUACUGACCAUGAUCGCGAUGUCCUCAGCGCACUCUGCAGCUGUGCAGAUGAUCAUGAUCUCUGUGAACUGGUCCUCGAGUGGCUCGGGUCGGACACAAAGGAACUCAAACGUAUUCAGUGGCUGCACAACAAGACCCUCACUCCAGCUCUCAUUUUCGCGGAAAUCUUGGACGGCAUGGCUGAAAUGCAGAGGCCAUGGGCUAAAAUACUGCUCUCAUGGCUUCUAACCUGCUAUAGACCUCUACGAUGUGACGAGCUCUGUCGUGUCUCCGACAUUGUGUGGCUUCAAGUUGAGGGAGGCAAAACCACUCCGCCAGUCUUAUCAGAGAUUAUACGCAACUUUGGGGGGCUAAUCACUUCCACUAACGGAGAGAUUCGAUUUAGACACCCUAACACCCGCACUUGGCUCGAAAGCCACAGCUCAUCUGCUGGUGAAAUGACGUGGUACUAUACGACUGAGACCAGAAGCCAUGAGGGGAUAUUGCAAACAUGCGUCAGCUAUUUCCAAGAAGCAGCUGAGAGGCCAGAAUACGCGGCCCAGCGUCUGCCUUAUGCUAUCGAAUUCUGGUCCAAACACUGGCAGCAAGUUGAUACAUCCGAAAAGCAACUGCUGGACUUGUUUGAGAACGAUUCAGUGUUCCAAUUCUGGGCUCAGUCACUGUUUGCCAUGCCCAACACGCAACUGAAGCCACCAUCGACACACAUAAAGCCUCUUCCCGUUGCAGCUCACUUGGGCCUCGUGGCGGUUGUAGAGACACUUUUAGAAAGAAAUCAAGAUCAAGCCGAGUCACGCGGCCAGGCCCUGAUUGAGGCUUGCAGAGCAGGUCACGUUGCCGUCAUUCGACUCUUGAUGAAUUCAUAUUCAGAUGAUCUGGACUUUAGCGACGAGAACCUACACGAAGCUGCAAGAGUUGCCAGCCAUUCGGGUAACGACGAGGCACUUAGGGAACUAGUCAGUAAACUGCCUAAGCCUCCCUGUACCCUCUCAUCAGAAGAAAGUAAGACAGAAGAGUCUGAACAGAGCGUCAAGGCCAGCGAGAAUGCACAAGCGAAUGAUCUACCGGAUGAUUCAUUAAAUGGAGCGAGCAGGGGUGAGGACGAUGCCGAAGGCAUUCUCCCUGAAGAACGUGUACCCGGCCCUCUUGAAUGGCUCGUGAAGCCAAUGUAUAGGGCUGCCGGUUCAGGUAUGGAUGAUGUUGUCACCAGACUACUCCAGCUGGGAGUAGACCCUAACCCUCCGGAGAACACAACGCCCAACAGCAACAGCUUCAUCUAUACAGCAGUAAACAACUCCCAUAUAAGUUGCGCCAAGUUACUCAUGCAUGCGGGAGCGAGUCUCACAGCAAAGAACGCCCAAGGACACACUGCGUUGCAUACAGCAACCGAAUGGGCUUCUGGCGAGACAGUCGAGUUCUUGCUAGAACAAGGCGCUAGCAUCGGGGACGAGGCCCCAGGGAACCACCGCACGGCUUUGAACAUGGCUGCCAUAUGGGGCUCCUUCACUGCAUUAGAGGCCAUACUCUCGCGUAAAGACGCAGUUGAGAGCUUGGUGCAUGAUUCGGACAGACACCCAGUGAAUCAGGCUGUCGACAACGAGAAUAAGAAAUGUCUAAAGCUUCUUCUCAGUCACGGCUUCAGCCCCAACAAUGUCACCUCGACUGGCGAAACAGCGCUAAGAACGGCUAUUCAGAACGGAAGGCUUGAUCUCUGCAAGAUGUUGAUUGAGAAUAAUGCUGAUCCAGAUCUGACACCCGAUGGUGCUAAUACACCUCUCAUACAGGCAAUUUCCAAGGGAGACUUGGAUAUAGUCAAAUUGCUUAUCGAAAACAAGGCCACAGUCGACAAGCGUGAAGCGCCGCCAUAUGAAGGGUGGUCACGCACACCGAUGCAAGCGGCUGUUGACUGGAGUCGUCCCGAGAUUGUUCAGUAUCUCCUUGGAAAGGGAGCAGACCCCGAUGCGCGAGACUCGGACGACAUACCAGUAAUAGGCGCUGCGAUAAGCGGUGGACAUACGAAUAUGGUGCAAUGGCUUGCAGAGGCAAAUGCCGAUUUGAACGUCACCUACUACGAGAGCAAAUCGACGCCUCUACACGAAGCCACGCCCUAUCCUGAGAUGGUUCGUCUUCUUCUCCAGCACGGUGCAGACAUCAGCAAAGGCAAUGCAGACUCCCGAACAGCCCUGAAUUUGGCCAUUUCUGCGAAUAAUCUUGCCACUGUUCAAAUUCUGCUUGAGUCUAAGACUAAGCCCGAUCUUGGUGCGGCCACCAUCCAGUUGGAUUUGCGCAUCGUAGCAAUUGCUGGGUACACUGAGGUCGUUGAGGCACUACUCGAAGCCGGUGCUGACGUUAAUAAUGUCAAUGAGGACGGUGAAUCACUACUGGCAUAUGCUGUCAAAAAUAAUGCACCCAGUGGCAUGAUUCGCAAGAUUCUCGAAUACAAUCCUGAUCUGGAAAUGAGGGACAAGAAACAGAACACGGCACUUCACUGUGUCAACAGCUCUACGACCCUUGAGACGGUCCGACUUCUCAUCAAUGCCGGCGGAAAGCUAGACGUCUUGAACUCUGAUAAAGAUACGCCUCUGAUCGUUGCUAUUGGACCUCAGCUCGAUGAUAUCUUCUUCUAUAUGUUGAAAAAGGAGCCUUCACUGCUGACCCAAAGCUUCAUAACAUCACAGCAAAGAGUCACACCACUUCACGAGGCGUGUAGAUUGGGUUCACUAGCAAUGGUUCGAUCAUUGAUCGAGCAUGAGAUGGACGUCAACUCAUGCUGCGAAGGAGUUUAUGGAACCCCUCUGAUUUCAGCGACACUUCGACGCGGCCUAUUAUCAUCUCCCCUGGCCAGUGAUAUAAUCGCUCUUCUCCUUGUGAACGGAGCCAGCCCAAGAACCACCGGGGGAUUAUUCCAAUAUCCCCUCAUCUCAGCAUGUCUAGCGUGCCCUGCAGACACGAUCCGGCUCCUUCUCAACUCAAAUGCCUCGCCCCAGGAUCAAGAUUCCUGGAAUCGCAAAGCAGUCCAUUUGGCGUGCUAUAACUCCCUUGAGGUUCUCAACCUCCUGGAAAUUCCUGACUCUGAUUUCGCGGCCGCGGAUGAACUUGGCCGGGUACCCCUGCACUAUGCUGUCAUGACCGGAGAUGUUGAGUUGGUGCAGGCAGUGCUAGAGCGCUCUCAGAGAGUUGGCGCUGGUAUCGAUGUGAGGGACGACGAUGGGUGGACACCACUUCUCUGGGCUGCUCGUGCAGCACGAAUCUGGAAUCGUCAACUUGAGACCGAAUCUCCAAGCACUGAUAUGGUCUCGUUCCUCUUAAAGCACGGUGCUGACCCUACUAUCAAGGGGUAUGGAGUUGACAGAGACUGGACGGUUUGUGAGGUAGCCUAUUAUCACCAGGCCGACUUUGUUGAAAGUCUAAUAGACCGACCAAGUACUGAGAAGACUCGGUCGAGAAAACGGGGUAGUGCUCCAGGGUCCCAGGACAACGGGAACAUUUACUGUGACUGUUGUUUGAUCGAGUCUCACGGCAUCUAUUUCAACUGCUCACUAUGUUUUGACUUCAGUCUGUGUUUCAAAUGUUACAGGGCUGCUGACAAGAUACACCCUGAUCAUUCGUCGUUUGUUCAACGAGGGAGUGAGUGGGAUGAAGACGAUACGUCGAAGGAAGAGGACGCUGGCGAGAUGAAUGUGAACGAUGGUGGUGGCGAUGAGGAUGUGCUUAUGGACUUUGAAGAAAUUCCUUACGAGGAGUUUGAUAGUGAGGUUUCAGACUAG